AUGAGCUGCCCCGUUCUGGCGACCAUCGGCACGAAGACUCGUGGUUCAGGCGGCAGCAGUGGGCCAUCUGCUGACCCAGCAGAGCUGGAGGACGCGCGGCAGUUCCAAGCGACAUCGCGGGCAGCUCUCAAGGACGCAGCCGUGUUUGGCCGGACCAACCAGGGUAGGCAAACCUAUCAGACGAUUCUCACUGCCUGUGCCUACGAUGGGGAUGAGGGGACGCAAGCGUUGCCAAGCUACCGGAAGGCCGAGAUACUCGGCGUUGACCCGGCUGAAUUUUCGCGUGCGCGGCAGCGGGUGAAGUCGCUGCAGCCCCACCUCCCUCCUGCAGCAGCGCUGGAGGCUGGAGCGUACUCGUACCGCUCCCGACGUAAGAGGAGCGACGCCACCCCGCCCGAGCUGGUAGAGCUCAUGAAGGAUUUCUGGCACAACCAUGCGGUAUCGCGCCUCACGGGAAACUCCGCUCACAUUUUCCGGGAGUCCAAGAGUCCAACUGCACGCACACACCCUCGCCGGCAGCUCAUGGUACAGGGAGGGGGGGAGACGGUGUUCAAAAAGUUUCUAGAGUCACCAGAGUUCGACAACUUCAAGCGUAUCUGGAGGUCAGACAAGGGUGAGGACAUCAAGGAUCCCGGGCGCACCCGGUUUCUCUCGACGCGGUGCAAGUGCUUNGCAAGGCAAACCUUUUACCUGGAGGCGCUGGAGAGUAUGACACUUGUGGACCGCCCUGUAUGCGAUUGCCGAUGGUGUAGCGCCGAGGACGGCGACGCGAUAUGGAAGGGACACUGGCGGCACUUAGGGACUUUCUCGGACGCCCUGGCUUGCCCAAAGGUGGACCUUCGAGCGGGGGACCCGGAGGAAGACAGCGAGGUCAUGGGACGGAAGCCGGAGUGUGCUUCCUCCGACUGUAAUGUCUGUGGGUUCGGGAAGGAGGGGGGCAUUCCGUUCUGUAAGGUGCUGGAGACAUCGAAGCAGUUAGUGAAGUGGAAGCACUACGGUGACCUGGAGAGGCCCGGGAAGACAACGCUAAGGGACCAAGUGUUGGAGAAGGAGGGCAAGCUCUGCAACCUGUGGGCGGACUUCAAAAUGCACAGCAAGGUGUACAUGGCGCAUCACUCAAAGGCCAAGUGGCAGAGAAACUGCCACAACACCUGCCUACGAACGUUUCAGGACGGCGACAUAGUCAUCGAGACGGACUUCAUCGAAAAGUACACCCAUGAACCCCAAAAAGUUCUAACCUGCGCGAGACACGAUACCACUACCCUCAUGGUCGCCAUCGUACACUUCUGCCCACAAGAAUGGGAGGGCGGCGGCAGGGUCCACCUGAGCGAGACAUGGGUUUUUGCUUCCGCGGACCCUGCCCACGACUUCGACUUCCAUCUCCAUGCCCUCAAGCAGAUAGCUGACUACUACUUGGAUGGUGAGGGGUCUGCAGCUACUNUUUGA